GGAUCAAAGAGCCCAAGCUCUUGGAGGGGGAGGUGAGCAAAGAGCCCGGGCUGGGCUGAGCUGAAGAGCCAGAACCGAUAGCCACUGUGAGCUCUGGAGGGAAGAGAGUCGAGCACCGACCACAGCCGCCCUAGGCGCGAGGAGACCCUUCCUUGCAGCCCUCCCGAGAGAAAAGCCGAUUUCAGCCUUGAGAGGGUGAGGGGGUGGCAAGAGAAAGCGAAGGAGCCAACCACCAACAGCAAACCCACCUCCCCCCAUCCCCACCAAAACCCUUCCUUCUGGGUUUCCCCACUCUGUUUAGAGCUCCGGGAGCAGCCAGGUGUCUGCGCUCUUUCCAGGGCUUGGGACAGGGCCGGGGAGGAGGGCAUGAUCCAGGAGGUGCCGCCUCGCGAGCGCCCCAUGCGCCCCCGGGCUGGCAGCCUGAGCUGCUGCGGGCGUGAUUGAGGCGGGAGACCCGAGAGAAGAGCGAAGGAGGCAGGCAGGCAGGCGGCGAGGGAGCCGAGUAAAGCCCAGCGGAGCCUGACGACCAGCUGCGGCGGCCCCGGGCUAGGCGCGUGCGCUCGUCUCGUAGCAGUCCCGGAGUCUGUGCUGGCCGCGAGACCGAUGUGGAAGCCAGUCCAUGGCCGUGCCAAGUAGAAGUCGGAAGAGAUAAGGCGGCCCUGAGCUGAAGCUCGCCUAGGGGAGCGAGGAGCUGCGCCGGCGCGGGGGCUUUAUCCGGCAGGUACCAUGGCAGGAACCAUAGACUGCAGCUUCAUCCGGACUCUCAUAAACCGAUACUGUGCUGGAGAAGAGAAUUGGGUUGAUAAUCGGACCAUCUAUGUCGGACACAAAGAACCCCCUCCAGGUGCUGAAGCAUACAUUCCACAGAAAUAUCCAGAUAAUAGAAUAGUCUCUUCCAAAUACACAUUUUGGAACUUCAUACCCAAGAAUUUGUUUGAGCAGUUCCGAAGAAUAGCCAAUUUUUAUUUUCUUAUCAUCUUUCUGGUACAGUUGAUUAUUGAUACACCCACAAGUCCAGUUACAAGUGGACUUCCUUUAUUCUUUGUCAUUGCUGUCACAGCUAUCAAACAGGGCUAUGAAGACUGGCUUCGACAUAAAGCAGACAAUGCAAUGAACCAAUGUCCUGUCCAUUUUAUUCAGCAUGGCAAACUUGUCCGAAAACAAAGCCGGAAUUUAAGAGUUGGAGAUGUUGUGAUGGUAAAUGAUGGUGAAACCUUUCCAUGUGACUUAAUAUUUCUUUCUAGUAGUAGAGAGGAUGGAACAUGUUAUGUUACAACAGCCAGCUUGGAUGGUGAAUCAAGUCAUAAAACUUAUUAUGCAGUUCAAGAAACAAAGGGAUUUCAAACUGAAGAAGAGAUCGACAACUUACAUGCUACCGUUGAAUGUGAACAACCUCAGCCUGACCUCUACAAAUUUGUUGGCCGCAUACAUGUUUACCAGGAGAGAAAUGAGCCUGUUGUAAGGUCAUUAGGAUCAGAAAACCUGCUUCUUAGGGGAGCCUCUCUAAAGAACACUGAGAAAAUCUUUGGUGUGGCUAUAUAUACUGGCAUGGAAACUAAGAUGGCAUUAAAUUACCAGUCUAAAUCACAGAAACGAUCUGUUGUAGAAAAAUCAAUGAAUGUAUUCCUUGUUGUAUACCUCUGUAUCCUAAUCAGUAAAGCACUGAUAAAUACUAUCCUGAAAUAUGUGUGGCAGAGUGAUCCAUUUCGAGACGAGCCUUGGUUUAAUCAGAAGACCGAAUCAGAGAGACAGAGAAACCUGUUUCUCAAAGCUUUCACAGACUUCCUGGCUUUUAUGGUACUUUUCAACUACAUUAUUCCAGUGUCCAUGUAUGUCACAGUUGAAAUGCAAAAAUUUCUGGGCUCUUAUUUUCUCACCUGGGAUGAAGAUAUGUUUGAUGAAGAAACAGGUGAAGGACCUCUAGUUAAUACCUCUGACCUAAAUGAAGAAUUAGGACAGGUAGAAUAUAUCUUCACAGAUAAAACGGGCACAUUGACUGAAAACAAUAUGGAAUUCAUAGAAUGUUGCAUUGAAGGCAAUGUCUAUGUACCUCAUGUCAUUUGCAAUGGGCAGAUCCUUCCCAACUCUGGAGGUAUUGACAUGAUCGACUCUUCUCCUGGAGUGAGUGGAAAGGAGAGAGAAGAGCUGUUUUUUCGAGCUCUCUGUCUUUGCCACACUGUUCAGGUGAAGGAUGAUGUUUUAGUAGAUGGACAGAAAAAGUCACCUGAUUCAUCAAGAUCUUGUAUAUAUAUUUCAUCAUCACCAGAUGAAGUGGCAUUAGUUGAAGGCAUUCAAAGACUUGGUUUCACAUACCUAAGACUGAAAGACAAUCACAUGGAGAUAUUAAAUAGAGACAAUGAUAUCGAGAGGUAUGAAUUAUUAGACACUUUGAGUUUUGAUUCAGUGCGGAGAAGAAUGAGCGUGAUUGUCAAAUCUGCUUCAGGGGACAUUUAUCUAUUUUGCAAGGGAGCAGAUUCUGCAAUAUUUCCAAGAGUAUCAGAAGGCAAAAUAGACCAAGUACGAUCAAGAGUAGAACGCAACGCAGUGGAAGGACUGCGAACUCUCUGUGUUGCCUAUAAAAAAUGUACGCAGGAAGAAUAUGAUGAGAUUCAUGAGCUUCUACACUCAGCAAAAGUGGCACUUCAAGAACGAGAAAAAAAACUGGCCGAAGCAUAUGACCAGAUUGAGACAAACCUUAUUUUGCUUGGUGCUACAGCUGUUGAGGACCGGUUAAGUGCUCAGGGAAAGCUUAUACCAUGAAGCCUUCAGAAAGCAGGCAUCAAGGUUUGGGUUCUGACAGGAGACAAGAUGGAAACAGACUACCUUAUUCAAGCUUUCAGGAGAAAACCCCUCUGGUUGACCACCAAAAAAAUUGAAGAGCAGAGCUUGAUGACGUCUUUUGAGCUGAUAAAGACCCUGCAUACGGGCAGUAUGACCAGAAAUUUUAGGGGACUUUCAAAUGAUCUACAAGAUUUUGGUUUAAUUAUUGAUGGAGCUGCAUUGUCACUAAUAAUGAAACCCCGACAAACUGGGAGCUCUGGAAACUACCGAGAACUCUUCCUGGAAAUCUGCAGAAACUGCAGCGCUGUGCUCUGCUGUCGGAUGGCCCCUCUGCAGAAGGCACAGAUUGUGAAGUUGAUUAAACUUUCCAAGGAGCACCCUAUUACUUUAGCCAUUGGGGAUGGCGCAAAUGAUGUCAGCAUGAUUCUAGAAGCACAUGUGGGCAUAGGUAUUAUUGGAAAAGAAGGUCGUCAAGCUGCAAGGAACAGUGACUAUGCAAUACCGAAAUUUAAGCACUUAAAGAAGAUGAUCCUUGUCCAUGGGCAUUUUUAUUACAUUAGGAUAUCUGAACUUGUGCAAUACUUCUUUUAUAAGAAUGUCUGCUUCAUUUUUCCUCAGUUUUUAUACCAGUUCUUCUGUGGAUUUUCACAACAGCCUUUAUAUGAUACUGCGUAUCUAACACUGUACAAUAUCAGUUUCACUUCCCUCCCCAUCCUCAUGUACAGUCUGAUGGAGCAGCAUGUCACCAGUGAUAUGCUCAAGAGAGACCCUUCGCUGUACAGGGAUAUUGCCAAGAAUGCUCUACUCCGCUGGCGAGUAUUCCUUUAUUGGACAUUCUUGGGCGUAUUUGAUGCUCUGGUAUUUUUCUUUGGUGCUUAUUUGAUGCUUGAAAACACGACAGUGACCAUCAAUGGACAGGUAUUUGGAAACUGGACCUUUGGAACUCUGGUGUUCACUGUGUUGGUAUUUACGGUUACACUAAAGCUUGCCCUUGAUACACACUACUGGACAUGGAUAAAUCAUUUUGUUAUUUGGGGAUCCCUGAUUUUCUACAUUAUCUUUUCUCUACUGUGGGGAGGAAUUAUCUGGCCUUUUCUCAGUUAUCAGAGGAUGUACUUUGUGUUCAUACAGAUGCUCUCUAGUGGUCCUGCAUGGUUGGGCAUCAUCCUGUUAAUAAUUGUCAGCCUUCUUCCAGAUAUUCUCAAAAAGGUUCUAUGUAGGCAGUUGUGGCCUACAGCAACAGAAAGAACUCAGAAUUCUUCAAGGCAAUGUCAGGACCAUAUUUCAGAAUUCACCCCUCUCGCCUCUCUAUCAAGUCCAACCUAUCGAAGCAAUGAGCUCUCCAGUUCUCCCCCUGCCACAAGGUCCCAUUCUCAUUCUAAAAAAGUGAUGCUGACAUACUGGAACAGUCAUGAUUAUUCGUUCCUCCCGUUUGGGUUUAAUUUUUCCAAUAACUGUUACAAGUCCAGUGCAAGACACUGCUACCAUGGGUCAGGUUUGGAAACGCCCGUAUGACAGAUCACCAAUUCAAGCCUUUAAAGAACUGCAUUUUUGAAUGUGUGUGUUUGUGUGUGUGUGGGCGUACGCAUGUGUGUGUGUAUGCAUGUGUGUGUGUGUGUGUGUGUGUAUUCUGUUUCCAGAAGAGGGAACAAAUGCAUAAUAAAACAAACUAAGAAGUACUUGGCUCUCACUGUCUGGAGUAAAGAUUAGGCAGACAGAACUGAGAACCUGAAGUCUGUAUCCUUCCAGGCCUGAUGUGGCCUCUUCAAAAAAAAUUUUUUUGAACUGCUAAAGCAAUGAACAUCCUACACAGUCUGGUACUGUGAGACUGGUAGCACUUAGAAGUCCCCUUGUUCUAUGUUAAAGUUUUGGGGUUUUCUUUCUUCUUUCCUUUUUUUUUUUUGCACAUACAUUGCUUGCUUCUAUCGUCUUCAGUCACUUGCUCUUACUUGAAGUGGAUAGUUUCAGUGAAUGACCUAUAUUUUGAUAUCAACAGUUCAGUUUCGAGCCAGAAGCUAUGACCUCAGAUAUCUCCAGUGACAGUCACUUCAUGCAUUUCACAGCUGUUUAUAUUUCUCUUCGUUGUCCUUCUUCCUCGGCUCUCCCAAUUAGUUUUCCUCCCGUGCUUUGUAAAACAAACUGAUGUGGCCUCUGUGAUCAUCUCUUGUCAGGAAACGCUCUUCGAAUGCUCGUAUUUUUGUAAGUGGCCAAAUUAGGCAUCUGUGUGGUUAUGUAUAUUGGUUUUCCUAGUAGAAAAAAAAAAGACAACAUUUUAUACUCACCCCUACAAAGGGAAGUUGGUUUGUCAUAGGUAGUACUGUUAUUUUGCAUGUCAGACUCAAGGUCACUUGUGCUGAAUGUGUUAAUUUAUCACAAUACGUCCUAGAAAAGUUAGAGUAAAUUCAGUAAAUUCAUUUUUUAAUUCCCUUCCUAUCACCUCGCUGCCUCCAUGGAGAAAAGUGUUUAUAUGUAUGACUGUGUAAGUGAAUGUACUUGGUACAAAUUAGGAAACACUGAUAGUUUUUCCUCUGAAAGCUCUGAGAUAUUAUUUUGUCAGAUUUCAAAGUAUGGAGUUUUUUGGUUCCCUGUUGAUGUAAAAUUUUAUUCUAGGGCUUUAAAAGGGAAGGGCGGGUAUUAGUUUAGUAACAUUGCUGGGGGCUUUAGCACAAAUGAUUGACUAUAAUGUCAUUAUACUGCACCCUAUGUUGUAAUGAAAAGUCAGGAAUCUAGUUUUCUAAGACAUAACCACCAGGUGGCAAUUGUCUUUCAAAAUGGUCUUAAAACUUAUUUCCAAUUGAAAAGAUAUGGUUACAAGGUAGCUUUUUGAUUUUUUUAAAUGCAAUACAGCCAGCUUGUAAUUCUUCCAAAGCUCUCUAGGGUUUACCAAAUCUUGCACUAAUUUAACAACUAGGUGUGUCUUGGGAUUUUAUCCAGUAUUUUGUUUGGAAGGUGUAAAUGACUGAAGGAUUGCUUUAAAAGUCCCCAUUACUUUUACAUACCCAGUGUUUAUUUAUAUGAACACUCUCCUUGACAUAUUUGAAUGACCAUUAACAUAUUCAAUUUGGGAGUCAAACAUAAACAGUAAAGACUUACUCCCUUUUAGAAAGGCCUAUUCCCAAAAGUGAUGAAGAGAGAGUGGCAUGUGUAAGAAUCAACACUGAGAGCUUAUUCUUAGACAUUUGAUGUUAAGAUUAGUCAUUUGAAAGCAUAAGGUUUCACCUAUAAAAUAUUUCAUUUGCAUUGUAGAGAAUUUUUUUUACCUACAUGAAGUACUAAUGAAAAGAACCAGUGAAUUAUUUUAAAGUUCUUAGAAUGUUUUAAUGAAUUAUGAGCACUUAUCAUACCAAAGAUUAGGCUGAAUAAAAUUUGACUGUCAACAAGAAGUCAUUUUACUUCCCUAGAGACUAAGAAGCAUAGCAUUUUUAGCUUGAAAAUUGAAUGUUAGCAUUUCGAUAAUAACCCUUUCAGUUUCCUCUGUCAUGGACUCUAGCAGUAUUAUAAACUUAGUCCUUGCCUCCUUGGAUGUCACACUCAGAAAUCAUACCAUUCAUAAACACUGGUGUAUGUAUUUUUUAAAGAUUUUUUUAAAACCUAAUAUGGGUAUAAAUAUGAUACCCGUAGUGGUGACAAAUUUUCUGUGCAUUUAGUUAACAAAUUAUUUGUAAUGUAUUUUUUUAGAAAUCUUAAAAUUGCCUUUGCACUGAAAUAUUUUUCAUAGCUGUUUAUAUAUCUCUUUUAUGCAUUCAUUUGUUAACACACCAUUUCUAAUUUUUUAAAUAUGUUUUGAAAAAUUUUUUAAUUUUAUGGGUUUUGGCCACUUUACAUUUAAAUUUUGCUGAUAGUUGUGAUUGAAUGUUUAAAAAUCUGAUGAAUGUGAAAAUUUUCAGAUUCGAUUUCUUGCUUUCUCUUUCUCCUAAACUGUUACUGUUUCUGAUGGUAGUAAUUAACAGAAGACACAUCUCCAAAUGGUAGUUUGCUAAGUUUUUUCACCUUAAUCCUUUGUAACUUCAUCCUAUCAUUUUUUUUUUCUCAUUUCUAUCUUUUAGCCUUAAAUAAGAAAAUUCUUGCUUGGUGAUUGAAUAUGCUGGAUUGCUGCUCUGCCUACUAACCAAAAGUUUACUACAUCCUUUUAUUCUUUCAUUGAGAAUCACUAAAGACUUUACAGAGUCUAAAAUGUGUUUUAGAAAAUAGCCUGAAGACUUGUUAAGUGUAUGAACCUCGGUAUUUUAAAUAGAGUUUGCAAGAAGAGAUGCAGAUGUUUAAUGGCCAGAGACAGAGAAAUAGAGAAAAGGAGGAUCCCGUUGAAAUGGCACUUUUACAUCUGAUUCAAUAGCAGAUUCUUUAUAUUAAUUAGUUCCUAUCAUAUAUUUAAUGCCUUAUAAUGUCACAGGUUAUAUGAAAAUUUGCUGCAGGCCCUUGGAUUUAAAAAUCCUAUUUAUUGCAUCAGAUGUUACACAGAGAUAAUGAGAAUCUAUAGUUUUACCCAAUGUGUGCAAUUUCACAACCAAUCUGUGAUUCCAAAAUUAAAUCUGAAGGACUUACUUGAGGCACAUGACAAUUAAGUUUAAUGACUUUUCCAGGGGUAUAGGACAAAUUUCUUGUCAGAAUCAGCAUUUGAACCUUGGGCUUUCUAGCAUAAAGUCCAGGAUUCUAUCUAAUAUGCCACAAUACCUCUGUGUGUCAGAAAUUAAUGACAAAGUUAUGAUUUAUCACGUUUGGAUGCAAGCUCUACUGCUUCCGCUGUCUUUCCUUAAAAGUUUUUCUUUUUAAUAUACAAGUAUGUGAGUGAUCUUGUCUAUAUUUCCAUCCCCCUGUUACUUCCAACUCCAUGGUAAUUCAUGACCAUGCACGCACACACAAACAUAUACAUAUAACCACACUCCUCUCUGGAGCUCUCAUCCUACCUUCCUUUUUCCUGAGGUGUUUCCAGACUUUGUUCCACCCCACUCCACUCCCCAGUAGAAGUCUCUGACCACUUCUGGGAAGCCUGUAUCCCGUCUGCAUUCAGCUGAUAGGCUCUCAGCAAAGUCAUUAUAGCAUACCUUUCUCCAGUAGGCAGACUGAUUAGGUACCAUCCCAACCCAUUUUCUUUAAUGAUAAGUGUAAAGGCUUCCCUGGACAGAGAUUUUUUCUCUCUCAGGGAAACUCCAUCUAAAAUAUCUAAUUUCUGCUCACUGUCCUUCAGUUAAGUGAGCUCUCUGGGAGCCCAGAAAGGAAGUUAAGGCUUCCAAAGAAGGCACUCCCAGUUCUAUUUAAGUGCCCUAUGGAGGAGGCUGGGCUCUCUGCUUUUUUGGAGGGGAAUAGUCUCAUUCCAUAAUCUUACGGAGUAAGGAAGUUCUCUCUGUGUCGAUUUGGUUUCAAGAAAUAACACAAAACUUCCCUACAUAUUUGAUUUAGUAAAGUGAAAAGGGCAGAUCAAAUUUUAAUGAAGUGGGAGAGUUGUAUCUCACAUUGGACAUUGACAUUCAUUACAGCUAAUUUAUCUAGGAUAGAUCAGGGAGGGGUGGGGGGGGGAGAGAAGCAUGUUGGAGAGGGGAGGAGAAUGACAGAUUUUGUAUCACUUCCUAGCUUGCCUUGAUUAAAUUGUUGCAGCUUUAACAAAAAUGUUUCAUACAUGCUGUUAGAACCAUUUUAAAUAGACAUCAACCAAAUGUUCUGUGAAAGCUGGAGAAAGUAUUUCAAGCUUUGUCUUUUUCUUAACCACCGAAUUUUUAUGUGUUUCUGCACUGGUUAGUAAGAAAUGAUUACCAUUGUUUUUAUCUCAUAGUAUCAUUGAGAUUAUUUAUUUGACACGUAAUACAAAGACUUGGAUCUUGCUUUCUUGCAUUACUUAUUUUUCUAGUAUCGCCCAUUUGUUUGGAUCUCUGGUAUGCAAUUUUCAAACUGGGAGAAAAAUGUUGGUGAACCACUGCAAGUCUUUUUUUUUUAAAUUUUGAAAGCCAGGGUUUAGGGGGAAUGGGGGACAAGAAUCAUUCUGAUAAUAACAAAGCUUUAAUGGAAACUUGUUGGAAGUAUUAUAAAAGUGUGAUUCUACUUUUGCAGAAAAAAAUCUAAAGAUCAGUUUAUAUAGCUUUAUUUUUUACUUUAUCAAAAUAUACAGAAUUUUAAUAUACUGUACAUUGUCUCUGACUGAAAUUAUUAUAUGUGUAUAUGCAUUGCCAUUGAAAAAUAUCCCUUCAUUAUGUAAUAUAAAGGCAAAUCUUCCAAAAAUGCCACUGGAGGAAAAAAAAUAGUUACCACUGUAUUUAACAUAAAUGGUAUCUGUAGUUGUCAUCAUCAUGAAAUAAUGGAAUUUCUUUUUUAAUUGUUAAAUUCAAUAGGUGCAUUUAACAGACAAUAAAUCAGCCUUUAAACAGUAAUGUUUAAUCGGUAACAAUUCAUUAACUUGCUCUGAAAAGUCAAACUGUGGACUCAAUUGCUACAUUUCUGUAAAGUUUAUUUUGUAUGCUGCUGUUUUUAACUUUCAUUUCUGAAGAUAUCAAAAUAUAACCUGUUAAAAUUCAGCUUUUGAAUUUUUCUGUAGAUUAUAUAAGCAGGAAUUCAGACUGCUUGCAAUAAAAAAAAUGGCUGGUUUAGUUUCUUCACGAACAAAUAAAAAUCUCACAAGGGG